UGAAAUCGACCAAACAAAACCAUAACCUCACUGAAAGCUGCCAGACAAAAGAGCAGUAAUCAGUGUUGAAAAUUAUCUAAUUUCGUGAUAUAUUAGCGCCAGUUUAGUCGCCGUGUGAUUUAAAAAGAUGAACCCGAUCUUGCUAAACAAACAGCUAAAGGAGAACAUGAAUGAUUUGACUGAAUAUCGCAAAGACCUCGAAAGUUGGGGCGAAGAAAUGAAGCUAAAGGAACAGACGAGUCGCAGCGACCGGUCCAAGAAAGUAAAGUUCCAAACGCCAGCUGAGACUAAAAAGAAACCACAAGUACAAGCAGCGCCAAAGACACGUGCAACAGACUACAGUAAAUGGGAGAAAUAUGACGCUGAUUUGGAGUGCGAGCUGCUCGAACAUGAUUGCGAGGAAGACUCGGAACUAUCUGAUGAGGUUGAGAAUAGUGCGUGGGAUCAGGCCAUAACACUGAAGGAAAAGGGCAAUGUGCACGUUAAAUCAAAAGAAUGGGACAGAGCAAUUAAUUGCUACACCAAAGCAAUUAAUUUAUACUCGUAUGAUCCGGUAUUUUAUGCUAAUAGAGCGCUGUGCUACUUGAAGAAAAACAGUUUCAUUGCUGCAGAAGAAGAUUCCACGUUGUCUUUGAGGCUGGAUGGCACCUACGUGAAAGCCCUACUGCGACGAGCAGCUGCAAGAGAAGGCCUUGGAAAGCCACUACAGGCCGCUGAGGAUUGGUUGAGUGUGCUUCAACUGGAACCGAAGAACAAGGAAGCAACAUUGGCUCUAAAGAAAAACAGACAAAAGCGCGGAUUAUCGACAACGGAUAGUCAACUUUCCGAAGAAAUGCGCGUGUCGCAGUUUGCUGCCUCCAGAAAUAAAACGCUACAAUCCAAACCAACAGUUGCCAUUAAACAAACGAACACUGCUAAAGCAGAAAAAGAUAUAACAAAGAAAGUCGAUACAUCCGAUUGGCCUGACCCUGGUUGCGAAAUUAUUCCAGUCAAGGCAAUCAAUAAGCCCCCACAUUUACGAUCAGAGAAGCCGUUGAAGAGAAUUAAAGUCCUAGAAAUAAACAGUUUAUCAUCGCCAUCGGUUAAAAUUGAAGAAAGAUCAGACGAAGCAUCUAGCGCUGUUAAAAAACAUGUCAUCGAGCACAUCCAGCCCGACUUCAAGGGAGCAGGCGAACCAAUGAAGCCAAUUUCAGCGUUUCAGAAAAGUCGGAAACAAGCCAAGGAUACUGCUUGGCCUAGAAAUAAUGCUGAGACUAGUAGUAUUUUAAGAAGCGAUGAUCUGGUGAUAGUCGAAAAAAAAGCUCAAGAAAAUAAUAUAAAAGGCGUUGAAAAUGGUUGCAAAGAACCCAAGAAAACAAGCCAGUCUGAGAAGGAAAUUGUCCUUCCCAAGUCAUCCGUCCAGUUCAACGUCGCCUGGCAAAGAGAGAAAGAUCUUUGCGAAAAGUACAAAUAUCUAAAGCUAAUCGGCUCGCAAACGUUCCGCACCGUAUUCACCGAGUCUCUGCUAGAAUCGGGAACUUUUAGUGAAAUAUUGAAGGUUUUAUCAAUCAAUUUCAUCGCGAAGGAAGACAAUGUCUACGACUUUCUCCUUGCCCUGUCCCAAGUGAAGAGAUUUGCAACCCUUGUUAUGCUGAUGGACUCAGCGGAUAAAGAGUGCCUAUCGAAACUGGACACAUAUUUACGAGAGAAAAACGUCACUCCAAUUAAGGAAGUUGAUGAUUUAAUGCGGAAAUACUGUAUGUAAAAUCCGAUAGUUCAUAAUCAAUUGCUUAACUGUUCUUCAGUUUACCUACCGAAUUCUUAUACUAAAGGUUUGAACAUUGUUGAUUAUUGUGAAUAUAAAUGUUACUUUUUAA